AUGUCCACUCCAACCACUUCACUGCCGCGCAAUGCUCUGGCUACAUACCCUGAGGAGAGAAUCAACGCUUACCUUACAACUGCUGACACUAACCGUGAAGCUGGCCACGUUCACAUCCGUGUGCUCUCCAGCAGCAAGCAGACAGUGAAGGUCAAGGAUGCCACCAAAGAAAAGUUUGAGGAGCUAAGUGCUACAUCUUUCCCGGAGGAGUUUCCUUAUGUAGCAAAGUCUGUCUUUGCUUUUGUGGAAAUUGAUGGCAAGGACGUGUGCUUCUUCGGCAUGAUCGUGCAUGUGUUUGCUUCUGACAGUCCCGAGCCUAAUAGGCGGUAUGUAUACCUUCCGUAUCUGGACAGUGUCGAUUUCUUCCCGCCAAAGCAGUCGCGUACUCAAGUGUAUUAUGGGCUGCUUAUCGCCUAUAAGGACUAUGUAGCAAAGCGAGGCUUUGCCGCUGUUAACCUUUGGGCAUGCCCUCCUGGGAAAAACAAAGACUAUAUUUUCAACCUGUCAUCCACCUGGGCAAAGGAUACUCACACAACAGCUUCUAAUACCGUGGUACAAGACAAUGCUGGACAGUGCAGUUGCUCGAAAAGUUGUUAUCGAGUUUAG